UUUCUCUAGCUACUUCUUCUUCUGUUUUUGCUUGAGAGAUUUGCUUCAAAUAUUUGCUAGAAAUUUGGCUCAAGUCUCUGCCACAGAGAGAAAAACAAGUGAAGAUGGCCAAGUCAGACGGAAUUCUGUUGGUCAUUUCCCUAGUUAUGGCGAUGUCAUGGGCUCAAAACUUCCGUGUAGAGUGUUGGGACUCAAAGCUUGAGACUAAACAAGAGACGGAGACCAAUCUUCAGUUCUACUUCCAUGACACAAUCAGUGGUAAAAACCCAAGUGCCAUCAGGGUGGCUCAAGCCUCUGACACUGAAAAAUCUCCUACUCUUUUUGGAGCCUUGUUAAUGGCGGAUGAUCCACUGACUGAGUCACCUGAUCCCAACUCCAAGCUGCUCGGCCGAGCCCAAGGGCUUUAUGGAUCAGCUGGGCAGACAGAGAUAGGCCUAAUCAUGGCCAUGAGCUUUUGCUUCACGGAUGGAAUACACAAUGGUAGCUCUAUCAGCAUUCUGGGCAAAAAUUCAGCUCUAAGUCCUGUUCGCGAGAUGCCCAUUGUCGGUGGAACCGGUCUUUUCCGGCUGGCACGAGGAUAUGCAGUCGCAAAAACUCAUUGGGUUGAUUUUACAACCGGUGAUGCUAUAGUUGGCUACAACGUUACCAUUGUUCACUAGGAUUAACUUGCAUACAUUAUUUGCCUUUUCUUUUCUUUUAUUGUAGAAUUACUGUGUUCUGGUCUCGCUUCUUGUUCUAAAUAAGA